GCUAGCCUCCAUUUGUAUAUAAGUGUUGGACAGCCAUUUUCUUCCUAAUCUUUCGACUUCGUUUCAAUUAGUUAGGGUGCUAAAUAUUUAGAAAUCUGGUUAUAUCAUUAAUCGAGACACAGGAAGAUGCAGGCCAUUAAGUGUGUGGUUGUUGGCGACGGAGCUGUUGGAAAAACGUGCCUGCUGAUUAGUUACACUACCAAUGCUUUUCCUGGAGAGUAUAUACCAACUGUUUUUGAUAACUAUUCUGCUAAUGUGAUGGUUGAUGGGAAACCCAUAAAUCUAGGAUUGUGGGAUACAGCAGGACAAGAGGAUUAUGACCGACUGAGACCGCUGUCCUAUCCACAAACUGAUGUCUUCUUGAUCUGUUUCUCAUUAAUCAGUCCAGCCAGUUUUGAAAAUGUCCGAGCAAAGUGGUACCCUGAGGUGAGUCAUCACUGCCCCAACACGCCAAUCAUCCUUGUUGGGACGAAGCUGGAUCUGCGUGAAGACAAGGAAACUAUAGAGAAGCUGCGCGAGAAGAAACUCUCGCCCAUCACCUACCCUCAGGGCCUGGCGAUGGCCAAAGAAAUACAGACUGUGAAAUACCUAGAGUGCUCGGCCCUGACGCAGAAAGGCCUGAAGAAUGUAUUUGACGAAGCUAUACGAGCCGUCCUCUGUCCCAGGCCAAAACAGAAACGCCAUAAUAAUUGUAAUGUAUUUAUAGUGUGUUUUUCUGUCGUCAGUCCAACGAGCUAUGAAAACGUUAAAGCAAAGUGGAUCCCAGAACUUAACCACCAUUGCCCAAGAGUGCCGUGUAUUCUAGUUGGGACCAAACUAGAUCUCCGCGACGACAAAGACACACUUGACAAGCUAAAAGUCAAAAAAUUGUCUCCCAUAAGUCAUACUCAAGGCUCACAUUUGGCCAAAGAAAUCAAGGCCGUUCGUUAUAUAGAAUGUUCCGCUCUGACCAGGCAUAACCUGGAGACAGUGUUCGUGGAGGCAGUGCGAAGCCACAACUCCAAGAAGAAGAGUAGUAACUCAAAGCACUUAUGUAUUGUGCUUUGAAAACUAUUUCUUUUCCUGCACAUUUCUGGAUAAUUUAUUUACUUAGGUAAACUGGAAGGACCAAUCAAUAAUACCUGAAGAAUGUGUGUGCUUUUCAUUGGCGGACCAGGAAAUUUGAAAUAGGAAAGGAGCACCUUUAUGGAUUCCUCACUUUGUUGGAGGGAUGUUUUUUAUUCUGUAAAUUUUCGAUAUAUUCCACAGAAAUAAUAAGAAGUGUAUCCCCUCCGAAUCAAUCAGUGCCCUUCGAAGUGCAGACUUGGACAUACAGCAGUGUGUGAAAUCUUGCUAUACUGCCACCAGACUUUCUGCGUUUGAUAUUUUCUGAGCACUAGUAAACUUCAUAUGCAUUGCAAUAUGUUCAUUCGGUUAUGCCAGACAAAGAAGUAGUCACAGAUCCGUUUUUGAAAGGAAAGCCGUGACUGAAACUGUUUAUAUUUGAACCAGAGAUGAUGUAAUGGUGUACCACGGCAUCAUUCUCUUAAGUUCAUGGCAUGAUGUCUUGAGACAAUUGGAUUUAUUAGCGUUUGAAAUAGCACUUUAUGCUGAACGAAAGUGGAUUCCCAGACCUUUCUUGUAAAAUCAGCUACAGAACAUCUAUACAAGAAUAGCAGCCCACGUCAGUUGUAAACUGACAAUGAUGUUUUACCUUCUGCUGUACACGUGACAUAGCUGACGGGGUUUUUUUUCUUCUAAAAGAAUAGAAUCGAUUCUAAUAGAGGCUUUCUUUCGGAUUCGCCACCGAAUAACAAUACGAGAAUAGUCGAUUUAGUUAUACAUAAUGUGAAAAUGUACAGCAUCUCUUGCUUUUUAUUCCUGACACAAAUUUGUUUUAACUUAAACAGAUUUCUAGUGUUUAACAUGUCCAUACUAUAUCGUUGUUUCUAUAUUCAGGUCUGGUGUUUAUACAAUGUUACGGUCUACUAGCUCUUGAGGUUUUAAUAAGCCCGCUCAUGCCAAUAGCAUGUUUACAGGAAGCUGUAUCUCUGACUCGCAAUCAUUGUCCAGAGGCUAGUUCAGAGAGAGUUAGUUUUAGCUCCCUUCAUCUUCACAAGCCAAGGAACCAUUCCGUAUACUGCAUUUCGUAUUAUAAAAUGCAGUAUGCUAUACGGAAUGGCGCCGUGGCUUACGAUCAAUCAAUCAACCAUUUGAAUCGUGCUAACAUCCACGGAAGGUUCAAGCACGACUGUCUUGGGCACCUCCUCCAAGAUCGGUAGAUGUGUCCAAGACAGGGGCUUGGCUUACGAAGAUGAGCUACCGUUAGCAUGUGAAUUAUAAAAAAAAUACUAAAACAAAAGGAUUAAAUACCAGAAUACCAGUGCUAAAUAUGGUAAUAUCUUAAAUGGGUCCACUUAAUCUAAGUGAAGAGAGCAAUUAAUCGUUCUCAUCAAUGUUUUUCACGGAAAUGUCUGCUAAAAGUCUGGAGAGACUUCGCUGAACUCUUUUAAGUCUUCACAUGCAUGUUUUAUAACCACGGGUCCUGUUCCAUGUUCAGCCAGUCAACGUUUCGCUAUCGUUCGCGAACUAUUUGAAUGGUUCCCGACGUGGUAAUUUGGUUUAUUGUGAAGCGCAUAAACCAGUCUAGCGGACGUUUUUCUGCUCGGUCUGGCUGAACUCGGGGCGGGUUAUUACUUUCUAGUCCGUGUCAAUAUGACCAGUUAAUUAUUUUACAAAAUAGCUGCAUAGCUGCAUAAUCAAUUUUAAUAGACCUGAUGGCAGUUAUUAUCAUUAUUAUGACCAAGUAAUUGACGAAUUAUGCACUAGUACGUACAUAUAGGCAUACCUAUCACUUUUGACUGAUAGAGUCAUCAAUGUGAGUUCAGAAUCACAGGACAUUAGUAAAUGAUUUUGAUUUAAUACUGUUAAUCACAUUUACAUUAGGAAUAGAUGGAUAGUUAAGUGAAUAACUAAAUAGUUAGCUAAUAUUAUAAUACUAAUAUAUACAUAUAUAAAAGAUAGUCCUAUUAAAAUGUACAAUACAUUUAAACCAGUGAACAGAUAUACAGAUAGAAAAUACUACACGAUGAUGGUUUGAUAUCAUAUGUCUUACAACUAAUUGUUUUAAAACAUAUCUAACGUUCGAAAGUGAGUUGGAUACGUUUUAAACGAAUUCUAAGAUAAAUGAUAUCUAAUGGAUAAGAAUGUAGUAUUCUAUUUUUUACUUAUUUAAAAAAAUAAAAAAUAAAAAAACAAUUUCAAAAACCCAAGUAGAUUUUAAAUACAUUUAAACGUCUUUUUCAGUUAAAACGUAUUUUCAGCGCUUCAUCAAGCAAUCAUUUUCAGGUUUAACUUAUACGUUACAGAGUAUUUAAAUUCGAUGUAUUGAUGUGGUGACCGGGUCAUUACCGUGGAGUUGAGCCGGGCGGUAUACCGUAUAUACCGUUCGGUAUUGGUAUCAUGUCAAUACCAAUUUAUCGUACCGAGCAAAUUGCAAAAUACCGAAAUUUCGGUAUUGAAAAAUGUUAUCCGCCCUUUAGUAAAGCACUAAAAAUAUAUCUGACAAGCGCAAAAUAGUUGAAAAGAAGAGAGAUUAAGGCCUUGUGUAUGGAAUUUUAUUUUAUUUGGAAGAAAUUAGAGGGUGAGACUUAUUUCGGGCAUGCAUUUAAAGCAGAGUAUACCGAAAAUACCGCUCGAUAUCGGUAUCGGUAUUGUAUCAAUACCAAAUACUGCACCGAUACCGGGUAUUCAACAUGCUUAUAAAAGUUUAUAAGAUUUUAAUGAAGAUUUUUAUAAAUACUGAUAGAAUUUAAAAAAAAGUAUUUUAAAAAGGUCUCCUACAAAAUGCCUAAGACUUGGCAGGUAUAAAACACACCAAAACCCCUCUAAACCAGAAACCCAUGGGACCCUCUAAACCGGACACCCACGAUACCAAGUAAAAUGUCCGGUUUAUAAGAGACAUCCGGUUUAUUGAAGGUAAAAAAACUAAUAAAAAAAUCUUUCUUAUAUAAUUCUGUUCCGUAUUGAUAGAUAUAUUUAACAAGUGACAAAAAACAACAACACCAAUCAAAUACGGAUAAAACGUUGCCCCUGUCUAAAUGUGCGUCUGCACUUGACCGUGUUAAAUAACACUUAAAACUGUCAUCAGCACCAACACCCAUGCGCAGCAUCGGUGUUUAUACAGGUGAAUCACGUUACAGGACGGCUGCUAACAUUUCACUAUAGUUAAUGAAAAAUGACCCUCCACCGAACAGAUGACAUUCCGGAAGUAUUAUGAAACAUGCCAGCGAUUUGAAGCAUUAACUGCGUGCAUGUGUCAUUUUGCUUCACUCCUCACAUCUUUGUACCUUUAUAUACUUCUUCAUCAACUAUUCAUUGUGUAUAAAAGGUUAUACGUGUUGCUAAUAAAACAUGAACUACUAGUA